AUGACAAUUGCAUUACAAGUAGGUCAGUUUGAUAUUAAAAACAUAAAAUAUACCUUAACAAAUAAAGUAUAUUUCAAUACCAAUGAUUACAAAUCAUUUGAACAACCCGAAUAUGUUAAAAUAGAUAAUUUUGUAUAUACUGCUACGAGUUUAGACAUAGUUGAACAAGGAAAGUUAUAUCUUAGUAAAGUACAACGUACAGACUUGAAUUUAGGAUUAAAUGAACAAGUAAAAAUAACUAAAUUUGAACCGAAUCAAACUCAAAGAUGUACUUCCUAUUUAAGAAUUGACAUUGGGUUCUUUAAUAGACCAACACAAAUUGAAAUUGAUGCAGAAGAUAUUAGAAAAUUAAUUAAAAAUGACUUUAAUAAACAAAUAAUAACUCAAAAUCAAUCAUUAAUAUUAACAGUUAAAGGAAUUCCAUUCUUAUUAAAAUUUGCUGAAAUUCAAUUAGUUGGAGCUAAAGGAGAAAUUAUUGAAAAUGCAGACCGAGGACUUAUUCAUGAAAAGAUAAUGAAUAUUGAUAUUUCUAAACUUGGUAAAGAUGGAGGAUUACUUACUAUCAAUGGUGGAAUGACUCAAGGUACUUUAUUUACUAAAAAUUUUAAUCCAGAAGGAAUGGGAGUUGGUGGACUUGAUAAAGAAUUUACAGAUAUUUUAAGAAGGGCGUUCAUGUCUCGUAUGUUUCCACCAGAAACUAUUAAAAAAUUAGGUAUUAAACAUGUCAAAGGAAUUUUGUUAUAUGGACCACCAGGAUGUGGAAAAACUUUAAUGGCAAGACAAAUAGGUAAAAUGGUUUCUUCUGUUGAACCUAAAUUAGUUGAAGGACCAUCUAUUCUUAAUAAAUAUGUUGGAGAGUCAGAAGCUAAUAUCAGAAACUUAUUUGCAGAAGCAGAAGCUGAACAAAGUCAAAGAGGAGAUGACAGUCAGUUACACAUUAUUAUUCUAGAUGAAUUAGAUGCUAUUUGUAAACAAAGAGGAAGUCGUAAUGAUUCUACUGGAGUAUCUGAUACUAUCGUUAAUCAAUUGUUAAGUAAGAUUGAUGGAGUUAAUGCAUUAAAUAAUAUUCUUGUUAUUGGAAUGACUAAUAGAAUUGAUAUGUUAGAUGAUGCUUUAUUAAGACCAGGAAGACUUGAAGUUCAAAUUGAAAUUGGAUUACCAGAUGAACAUGGUAGAGUUCAGAUUUUAAAUAUUCAUACAAAAAAAAUGAGGGAAAAUCAUAUGUUAGAUUCUAGUGUUUCUAUUGAAGAAUUAGCUAAACAAACAAAGAACUUUUCUGGUGCUGAAUUAGAAGGAUUAGUUAUUUCUGCUUCAUCUUUUGCUAUGAAAGAAAAUUUUGAUAUGGAGAAAUGUAAACCAAAGAAUGAUAAAUUUGUUGUUAAAAGAGAGCACUUUGAUAUGGCAUUAGGAGAAAUGAAACCUGCUUUUGGUGUUGAUAGUGAUGACCAAAUUCCAACUCUUCCUAAUCCAAUGUUAGUGUAUUCAUCUGCACAAAUGCAUGUUAGAGAAAUGUUAAAAGAUUCUGUUCAACAAUUAAGUACCUCUACAGUUACUAAUAAAAUUGCUGUUAUGAUUGGUGGUAAACAUGGUAGUGGUAAAACUGCUCUUGCAGUAGAAGCAGCUAAACAAAGUGGAUUUCCAUUUAUUAAAGUAUUAUCUGCAGAGCAAUUGGUUGGAUAUUCUGAUGCUAUAAAAUGUUCUAAAAUUGCUAAAGUAUUUACUGAUGCACAUAGAUCAACUCAAAGUGUUAUUAUUAUUGAUGACUUAGAAAGAAUAUUAGAAUAUACUCCAUUUGGACCACGUUUUGAUAACACUGUUUUACAUUUACUAUUGGCUUAUAUUCGUAAACCAGUUCCUACUGGAAAGAAGUUAUACAUAUUAGCUACUACCUGUCUUGCACCUGAUGUAUUAAGAAAUUUAGAUGUUUGGGAAGCUUUUACUCAACAUAUGCACCUUCCAAUUGUUACAGGAUGUGAACAAUUAAAAACCAUUGCACACGCAAGUGGAAUGGAUACUACUAUUGAUGAAUUAGGAUGGGUUGAUGUAAUGAAUCAAUUCAAAGAUAAAGAAAUUGCAAUUCAAAAUGCCUUAUUAUUAUUAGAAAGUUUCAAAGGAAAAUCGUAUGAUUCUAAAGAGUUUACUAUGUUAAUGAAUGCUUAUUGUUCAGAAGAAAUAGAUCCAUGGGAUUCAAUUGCUUAUAUGCAAGCUUAA